AUGAGGAAAAAUCAGACAAACAAUGUUGAGGAUUGUCUGUAUCUAAAUGUGUUCAAACCGAUUGUGAAAUCAAAUGAAAUCGAUGACAAUAAAGCACUGCCAAUCAUGGUAUUUUACUAUGGUAGUGGAUUUCAAUCUGGCACAAUAUUUGAUCCAGUUUAUGAUGCAACUUUUCUGGCUGAUUUAGGCAAGGUCAUUGUUGUCACUGUAAAUUACCGACUUGGUCCUUUGGGUUUUCUUUAUGCUGGAACGGAUAAUGCAUCCGGUAAUCAAGGAUUAUAUGAUCAGAUCACAAGUCUAGAAUGGAUUCGUGAUAAUAUUAAUAGUUUCGGUGGUAAUCCAAACCAAGUGACUAUAUUUGGACAAUCAGCAGGAUCUACUUCGGUUUCGGCUUUAAUACUUUCACCGGUGGCUAAAGGUUUAUUCCAACGAGCCAUAAUGCAAUCUGGAGUAAUAGUUCCAACGGCUGUUAAAUAUAUGAACAAAGAGGAAGCCUUAGCCAAAACAAUAAAAUUGUCCAGAGAACUUGACUGUACCGACAAUGACAUGACUCAAAUAAUUUAUUGUUUAUUGGGUAAAACCAUCGAAGAAAUUAAAAACGUAUACGACAAUGGCACAGUGAAAGAUUUGAUUUCCAAUAAAUUAUUUGGACCAAUAUUUGAUGAUGAAAUUCUACCUGAAGAUUCGGUCAAAUUUGAACAUGGAUUCUUCAAUAACAAGGUUGACAUAUUGUUUGGAUUAGUAAGCGACGAAGGCAGCAUGUUCAUUCCACAUUAUUUACCCGAAUUAAUGGAUUAUCGUACUCAGAUGACAAUGGAAAAAAUAAAGCAAAAUUUCCGAAAAGUUUUAUCCGAAUUCAAUGUGAAUAAUGUGGAUAAAAUAAUUGAUUUUUAUGCACAAAGAAUUGAUCCAGCAAAUUUCUAUCAAGUCCGAAAAAUGUUUGCCGAUUUUUUCGCUGAUCUUCGAUUCAAUUGUCCAGUCGUGUUGUUUGCAAAGGAAAUUGCAAAAGUAAAUCCUGAAAAUCGUUUUUAUGCAUAUCGUUUUGAUCGACUAUCAAUUGUUUCGGAUAAAAUGCAUUGCUACGAUUGGAUGGGUGUAUGUCAUGGUAGCGAUAUAUUGUAUACAUUCAGUCAUCCAUUCAUGAAUUAUUAUCCACCGGAUGCUCGUUUAAGUCACGAUAUGAUAAAAUCAUGGACAAAAUUUGCCCGUACCGGACAACCAGGACCGAUUGGUCCGUUUGAGUGGCCAAAAGCAUUUGACAGUAAUAAUAAUUCAUCAAUACAAUGGAUGUUGUUAGAUGUUGGAUAUCGAACAGUUAUUGAUAUUUAUGAGAAUUCAUGUGAACAUUUAUGGCGCAAACAAUAUGUGGAUUGGUUUGCGAAAAAAUCUUCCAUAAAAGAUGAAUUGUGA